GUUAUAAAAAAAGAAAAGAAAAUAUGAUGAUAUUUUAUAUGAACCAAAUAAGAUAAUUAUUCUACUGAGUUGAGCCGCUAUCAUCGCCAGUGUUGCACCACCAUCAUCACCGCCACAACCACCACCGAUUCACCCAAUUUCUUAACCCUAAUCAAAUCUAAUUUUUUGUUGGUUAUAAGCCUACGCGGCUGUGCUUUUGAGCCUUUGCCCUUUGAGGUUGAAGCCUUUAUUUCCCCCCCAAACUUUCCCAACGCCAACGGGUUUUCUUUCUACGGAGUAUAUUUUCUCCUUCGAAAGCAGCCGCAGAAGAAGAACCCCAGAUCUUUCGAACCCAUCGCGUUCUUGAUUUCUUCCGUCGAUUUCAUUGAUCAAAGUUAAACAUUUUUGGGGUUAGGGUUUUUCCUGUGGUGGCUUUAGGAGCCCUUUCAGCUAAGUGAAAAGGCCAAAGCAGUGAAUGUUACAAGUUUCUGGCACUCUCUGAAGGUUUUGUGUAGACAGGUAUGAUAUCUUAGUUGAUUGAUAGCCUUCUAAAAGAAAUGGGGCCUAUAUACUACAUACUUGUUGCAUUGCCUUGCACGGCUGGUGCCAUUGGGUUUGCAAUCUUCCACAUAUAUCUGCACCUCUUGAACUACACGGAACCUACCUACCAGAGAUACAUUGUGCGCAUCGUAUUUAUGGUUCCUGUCUAUGCGCUGGCCUCUUUUUUAUCUCUUGUAAUGAACAAAAGUGCAAUAUAUUUCAAUUCCUUGCGAGAAAUAUAUGAAGCCUGGGUCAUAUAUAAUUUCCUAUCGCUGUGCUUAGAAUGGGUUGGUGGUCCAGGAGCUAUUGUUCUAAAUUUGACUGGGCGGUUUCUAAAGCCUAAUUGUUGUCUGAUGACAUGUUGCUUUCCUCCAAUUUCAUUGGAUGGGAGAUUCAUACGGAAGUGCAAGCAGGGCUGCUUGCAGUUCGUAAUCCUCAAGCCUAUCUUAGUUGCACUUACAUUUAUACUUUAUGCUAAAGGAAAAUAUGAGGAUGGAAAUUUCAAUCCGCGGCAAUCAUACCUCUAUCUCACAAUUGUCUAUACCAUUUCAUACUCAAUGGCACUUUAUGCCUUGCUAUUAUUUUACGUAGCAUGCAGAGAUUUACUUCAGCCAUUUAAUCCUGUUCCGAAAUUCAUUAUAAUCAAGUCUGUCGUAUUCCUUACAUAUUGGCAGGGUGUUCUGGUUUUUCUUGCUGCAAAGUCCAGACUUAUAAAGGACACAGCAGAAGCUGCAGACUUUCAAAAUUUUUUAAUUUGCGUUGAGAUGCUAAUCGCAGCUAUUGGACAUUUUUAUGCCUUUCCAUACAAGGAGUAUGCUGGUGCAAAUAUUGGUUCUUCUCGUGGCUUUACUGCAAGCCUUGCGCAUGCUCUGAUGUUGAACGACUUUUACCAUGAUACAGUGCACCAGUUUGCACCUACUUACCACGAUUAUGUACUCUACAACCACGGUGAUGGUGAAGGAGCGAAGAAGUAUAGGGCCCGGACCUUUGUUCCGACUGGCCAAGAGAUGGAUGCUGUUAGAAGAAAUAAACAUGGCUUUGGAAACAGGUUGGAAGACGUACAGAUGUCAUGUCGCUCAUCAUCUGCUAGCAGGACUUCACAAAAUCCCGAUAACACUCAAGAUUCAACAAAAACUGAGGCAAUGAACUCUUCACUACUCAUGGAGUCAUCAAGUUCACAGUCUUUGCCUUACGAUCUGUCACUCAUUGAUAUAGACAUAUCCGAUUAUCCCACAAAGGUACCUUCAGCUAAUGAAACUGUGAAGAGGUGACUAUGGACUGUAAGUUUACCUCUUUUGUACCUAUAUCCUAAACCGUGUAUUAGGGUUGUGUCAUUUGUACGUGCCUGUUCAUCUUCCCAUUGUUUACGUUUAAUCACUUAGUAUGUACAUGUAGUCAAACAUGCUCUCUCAUUUUUCCUUAAAACUGUCCAUAGUGUUGUUCUAUUUGUACCAUAGGGUUGAGGAAACCACAAUUGACUAGAACGCUUUACAGUACUGAAACUUUUUACAUUUCAGUGGAACUUUAACGAGAUGGCUGGCUUGUUUUGAUUCUUGAUA